ACAAUGUUUUGUGUAGGACCACAAACAUGGAGGCGCACUGUACGCGAACAUGACACCUCGGACACAUCUCAUAUUCUGGAGAAAUAAAACGAAUAAUCUGGUAUUGGGGUAAUAAAUGUCAUGGGUGUAGUGAGACAUGUCGUGUGCGCCAUGUCUGGCGGGGUGGACAGCUCUGUCGCUGCUCUUCUACUCAAAAGAAGAGGUUACCAGGUUACGGGUGUUUUCAUGAAGAACUGGGACUCUCUGGAUGAGAGGGGAGUGUGCAACUCGGAGAGAGACUGUGAAGAUGCCUAUAAAGUGUGCAGGAUGCUGGAUAUGCCAUUCCAUCAGGUCUCCUAUGUCAAAGAGUACUGGCAUGAAGUGUUUAGUAAUCUUCUUAGGGAGUACCAGAAAGGCAGGACACCAAAUCCAGACAUAAUAUGCAACAAACAUAUCAAAUUCAAGCACUUCUAUCAGUACACAGUCAACGUUUUAGGUGCUGAUGCCAUGGCGACCGGCCACUACGCGAGGACAUCUCAGGAAGACGAGGAGGUUUUCCAGCAGACACACAAACCGGCAGCAGAGUUUCUCUUCAGAGAUCGUUUUGAGAUCAGAAAUCCUGUGAGGCUGUACCAAGGUGCUGAUCGCGUCAAAGACCAAACUUUCUUCCUCAGCCAAAUCUCACAGGACGCCCUGCGGCGGACCAUCUUCCCACUGGCUGGACUCACUAAAGCGUUUGUAAAGAAAAUGGCAGCCGAGGCAGGGUUCCAACAUGUCCUGAAGAGGAAAGAGAGCAUGGGAAUCUGCUUCAUCGGUGAGCGACAUUUUGAGGAUUUUAUCCUCCAGUAUUUAGAGCCUAAACCUGGACAUUUUGUCUCCAUUGAAGAUGGGAAGAUAAUGGGAAAGCAUAAAGGCUGGUUCACGUUUACUUUGGGACAAAGAGCCCGGAUAGGAGGGCAAAAAGAUCCUUGGUUUGUGGUGGAUAAAGAUAUCACGACUGGUGAAAUAUUUAUCGGUCCUACUACCAACCAUCCCGCACUGCUCCGAGACACACUACGGACAGAUCGCUUCCACUGGAUAAGUGGAGAGCCUCCUGCUGAACUGGUGCACACACAGAUGAUGGAGUGUCACUUCAGGUUCAUCCACCAGAUGCCUUUAACCCCCUGCUGUGUGACUCUGAAUCUGGAUGGGUCAGUCUGGAUAAUCACAAAGCAGCCACUGAGAGCAAUGACCCCUGGACAGUUUGCCGUGUUGUAUAAAGGAGAUGAGUGUCUAGGCAGUGGGAAGAUUAUCCGACUGGGCCCCAGUGAGCACACACUCCAGAGAGGCCGCAGUCAGCAGCUACCAGAGGCAGCCAGCUGAAAUGAACCAGUACACGGACUCACGUACAUUCACACACUACCUCACAGUUCAUUCUCACCCACGUCUGAAGAGGAGGAGCGCAAAUAAGUAGACUUUUGAAAUGUUCGUGGACAAAUUCAGUUUUCUGCAAAAAAAACUGACAUUUAAUCAUUUUAUAACGCCUGGUUUGAUGAUGGACUCUACCCAGAAUGCUACAUGCUGUGGUAUGCCAUGUGUAUUAAAUGCAUGCACUAUUUGUCAUAUGUAGAUGACUAUUUAAUUUAAGUCAUUAAAAUGCCUACCAUGCUACCUGUCAUUAAAAUGGAUUUUCGAUGGUUUAAUAUA